AUGCCUUCUCUUUAUGCCCAAAAAGUCGCAAAGUGUGAAGCGAUGUUGAAUAUCACAUUUUCCAACAAACUACUGUGCCUCGAGGCACUGCAGAUGUCCGGCAAUAUGCUUCCAUGGAACGAACAGUCCCUGAAAGUCAACAAGAACGACCGACUUGCUGUUCUCGGCGAUACAGUCCUGAAGUCUUAUCUGUGCAAGAAAUGGUAUCAUAGUGGUCGAGUCAAGGGUCAAUGGGCCGAUGCUGAACAAACGCUAGUUAGAAACACCAAUCUGGCUCGGAUUGGUCUCAACAAGAGCUUAAAGGAAUGUAUCAUCGAUAAUCCCGGCACCGUCCGCAUCUCCGAUAAGAUGUUAGCAACGACCGUCGAAGCUCUAAUUGGUGCAGCGUACUGUGAUGCUGGCGAUGAUGGGCUAGCAAAGGCAAUUGCAGCCUUUGGACUUGAUGAGCAUGAGUCCCUGAUUGCGGUAACGUACCAUCUCUCUCCUUUACCUUGA